GGGAGCUCAGGCCCCGCCUUGGGGGAGGAGCCGAGAGGCGGCGCGGAGGCUGGCGGCAGAGCAGAGCCGGCUCCGUAGCCGCUCGAGCAGCUGCGUCUCGCGGACCCACAGACAGAGCCGGGGUCGGGAGCCGCCCGGGGCAGGGCUCGGGAGAGCGGGCCCCACCAUGAGGCCCCUGCCCCACCAGAGGCCCCGCGCUGCCCUGGCCCCCGGUGCACCGUGCUAGCCCCCAGCUAGGGCGUGGGGAGGGCGGUGGCCAUGGCCAGCCACGUGGACCUGCUGACAGAGCUGCAGCUGCUGGAGAAGGUGCCCACGCUGGAGCGGCUGCGUGCCGCCCAGAAGCGCCGGGCCCAGCAGCUGAAGAAGUGGGCUCAGUAUGAGCAGGACUUGGAGCACCGGAAGCGGAAGCAUGAGCGGAAGCGCAGCGCGGGCGGCCGCCGCAGGAAAGUGUCUUUCGAGGCCAGCGUGGCCCUGCUGGAGGCCUCACUGAGGAAUGACGCCGAGGAAGUACGCUACUUCCUGAAGAACAAGGUCAGCCCUGAUUUGUGCAACGAGGACGGACUCACAGCCCUACACCAGUGCUGCAUCGACAACUUUGAAGAAAUUGUCAAGCUGCUCCUCUCCCAUGGUGCCAACGUGAAUGCCAAGGACAACGAGCUGUGGACACCCCUGCAUGCUGCAGCCACCUGCGGCCACAUCAACCUGGUGAAGAUCCUCGUUCAGUAUGGGGCCGACUUGCUUGCUGUCAACUCAGAUGGGAACAUGCCAUAUGACCUCUGCGAGGAUGAACCCACCCUGGAUGUCAUCGAGACCUGCAUGGCAUACCAGGGCAUCACCCAAGAGAAAAUCAACGAGAUGCGGGCAGCUCCUGAGCAGCAGAUGAUUGCGGACAUCCACUGCAUGAUCGCAGCUGGCCAGGACCUUGACUGGAUAGAUGCCCAGGGUGCCACACUGCUGCACAUAGCUGGAGCCAAUGGAUACCUGCGGGCCGCUGAGCUCCUCCUGGACCAUGGAGUGCGUGUGGAUGUGAAGGACUGGGAUGGCUGGGAGCCCCUGCAUGCAGCUGCCUUCUGGGGACAGAUGCAGAUGGCAGAGCUGUUGGUAUCCCAUGGGGCUAGUCUCAGUGCAAGGACAUCCAUGGAUGAGAUGCCAAUAGACCUGUGUGAGGAGGAAGAGUUCAAGGUCCUGCUGCUGGAGCUAAAACACAAGCAUGAUGUGAUCAUGAAGUCACAGCUGAGACACAAGUCAUCCCUGAGCCGGAGGACGUCCAGUGCAGGCAGCCGUGGGAAGGUGGUGCGUCGAGCCAGCCUGUCGGACAGGACCAACCUAUACAGGAAGGAGUAUGAGGGAGAGGCCAUCCUGUGGCAGCAGCGGAGUGCAGCUGAGGAUCAGCGGACCUCUACCUACAAUGGGGACAUCAGAGAGACCAGGACAGACCAAGAGAAUAAGGACCCUAACCCCAGGCUGGAGAAGCCCGUGCUACUCUCUGAAUUUCCUACCAAGAUCCCACGAGGUGAACUGGACAUGCCUGUUGAGAAUGGCCUCCGGGCUCCGGUCAGUGCCUACCAGUAUGCACUGGCCAAUGGGGAUGUCUGGAAGGUGCAUGAGGUGCCCGACUACAGCAUGGCCUAUGGCAACCCUGGCGUGGCCGACGCCACCCCGCCCUGGAGCAGCUACAAGGAGAGCCCUCAAACGCUUCUGGAGCUGAAGCGGCAGCGGGCUGCAGCCAAGCUGCUCAGUCACCCCUUCCUUAGCACCCACCUGGGCAGCAGCAUGGCCAGGACAGGCGAGAGUAGCAGUGAAGGCAAGGCCCCCUUGAUCGGAGGCAGAACUUCACCGUACAGCAGCAAUGGGACCUCGGUAUAUUACACGGUCACCAGCGGAGAUCCCCCACUCUUAAAGUUCAAGGCCCCCAUAGAGGAGAUGGAGGAAAAGGUGCAUGGCUGUUGCCGUAUCUCCUAGUCUCCAUGCGAUGGAGGAGGGAGAUUCCUGGGGAGAGGCUUCUGGAAUCCAGGCCAGCCCAUCAGCCCUGGCUAGGGAGGUGUCAGAGGGCAGCUGGGGACAGGUGGGCUCUGCUUUUCAGAGGAACUCAGACCCCACCCCUCACCUGGCUGCCCAUAGCAUCCCAUGUCCCACGUCCCAUGGUUCUGCUUCCUGCUGCAUUGUCUGCCAUCUGACACAAGGCCCAUUGUGGCUUCCUGGCUCACUCUGCUAUCCGAUCUUGGGAGGGUGGGCUUGAGAUCCCAGCUCUAUUCUUGGUAUAAAGGCUUCUCCGGAUCAGUACGUGCAUGUCACAUAUCAACACACACACACACACACACAAACACACACAUUUGAUCAGUGUGUGUAGAAAUGACAUACCUGGGCUCAGGGGAAGCAAGGAGGCUGAGAAUGUGUGGGGUAUUCCCAAAAGGAUGGAAGUUAAGACCCAGAGUCUCAUUACCACUGCCAAUGUGGCUUUAGCAGGGGAAGGGGCCUGCUAAGCAGAGACCCAUAGUCCUGCUCAGAGUCGUUCCAAGGUCUGGGCCACCAGCCACACCUGGCAGGGGCAAGAAGUCCUCAUUGUGUUCAGAGGGAGCCAGGAACCUACAUGGGUAGAUAAGAUGGGCACAGACCUGUUCCCCGCAGCCUUGUUGAGAGGCACACUUCUGCCCAUGCCAGGAGCCAGCUGUGUGACCAUCCAGGGGUGGAGGGGGAAACCAGGCGAUUCCAUUCCUGGAAUCAACCAAAUCAUGCUUUGCUCUUGGAUGGAAGUGUCAAAGGCAGAAGGGUGGGGGAUGGGGACAAGGUCAGUAUUUACCAAAGUGUAUCUGAUUUAAAAAAUUCCUUUAGUCUGUAAAACUCAACAGGGAGGAAGGUAACUGAAUUCGCUUCUUUUUGUGGAUUGUAUCAUGGUCACUGGGUUUUACUGGCUGGUGCUGGAAAAAUGAAGCUAAAUGAGGAGCUUCCAUAGGAAUGCUUUUCCAGGGAAAGAGGCCAGUUAAUAUAAGAAAAUACUGCUGGUUAAUAAUGACAGAUCCCAGCACCCUGAGAUCUUUGUGAAUAUCUAGACAGUUUCAGCCCAGCCCAUCUCAGCCAGCCCUCUUCAGACUGAGCUGUCAGAGCAAGCAGUUAGGGGCCUGCCUGCCUCCACCUCCCACCCCCAUCCACCCACAUCAGUCAGUGCUCAGGACCCCGGGCCCAGCUUUUGCCUUUUUGGGGAUGCUUGGUAAGGCAGAUUUGCCAGUCAGCCCUUUUGAGUUCCUGCAUAGCCCAGGGGCUCCCAGCCUGGUCUUGCAGGAGUGGUGAUGCCCCAAGGCUGCGAACCCAGGGAUCACAUGGUCGGUAUCCCGUCCUGCAUUCAGGAGAUCCGUGGUAGGGCUGGAGUUGGGUCUUGCCCAGCUCUGCAGUUUCAUAGCCCCAGGUUUCCUGAUGCUGGGGAGGGACAAAUGUGAAUGACUGUUCUCCCCUCACUGCUGAUGCUCCCAGGACCCCCACUGUCCACAGGCUCAGCCAGAAUCUUUUGGUGUAACCAACAAGCUGCAGGUGUGUCCCCUGCUCUAUGCGCCUUUGAUUUGUCCUUAAACUACCUCCUUAGAGCUCUGAAGGGGCGCCCUAGGUCCAGAUUCUAAUUUGGGGAACAGAUCUGGGUUCUUUUUAAUCCACUUAUUUCUCAGUCUACAAGAAACUUUCCCUGAGGGGUACCUGGACUAGGGGCUUGGGGCUGGAAGAGCGUCCCCGCCUUGUGCCACAGCUCUAGUUAUGGGGUCUGCUGUUUGUCAUUCUCAGCCCCCUACUGUGGCCCCCGUGGCCCCAUAACCCACAGAGGGAGCUGGACCUGAAGGGACCUGGGUGUGCUUUCCCAGGAGCAGGGGAGCUGGGCCAGAGAGCAGAGGGUCCAUGGGAGUGACUGCACCCUUGGUGGCUGCUGGAAGGGGAGAGGUUCUCAGCAUCAGGCACCUCCACCCCAAUGCCAGGUUAGAUGUCUAGAGUAGACUUGGAGGCGACUCAGGAGGCUGAAGACAGGUGCACAGAUGCUUCCCAUGUCGCUGGCAUCUGGGGUGGGCUCUUUAACAUCUCAGGCUGUGGCCAGAACAGGACAAGAUGAUCUAAAACACACUUACCUUUGGCUGUAAAACAGUAUCAGCCCAGACUGAUGCUGAAAUCCCUCGUGAGCCAACCUUAGUUACAAGGUAGGGAGUGUGAGGGAAACCAUAUGCUCCUCAGGAGAGAGCUGUGCAGGUUUUCUUUUUGCUCAGGGGCCAAACACUGAAGGCAUAUACUGCCUCACCCACUGAGCACCUGAGGCCAUUCUCUCCUUUUUGCAUGCCUCCUGCCUCCUGGGCUGUUCCUCUCCACCCAGAAGGCUGGGAAUCCCAGCUGAUUCCCUGACAGGAGCUGACUUCACACACAGGUGACUUUCAGGCACUGGCUCAUGUUUUCACCCAGGGAUAAACCAUUCCCUCUCUGGAGUCCCUGGGGAGCUUUCCCUGUAGGUCUCCUGGGUGUUGAGAGUUGAGCCGAAGAUCAACCCUCAAUGAAUGAGCCAAAAUUAACUCACUCAUAUAAUUUACUGAGUAGUUGCAGCAUGCCAGCAAGUAUCUUAGGUUCUGCAGAUAAAGGAGGAAUAAGACAGAGUAAGGAAAACUGUUCUUUGUGGUUUCUGUCCCUUAGGGACCACAGGCAUCAGCAGUCCCAUUCAAGUCACCUGAGGCAAAGUGUCUGCAUCUUGGUCAGUGACCCUUUGCUUUUCAGCUCCUAGAAUCCUUAGAGUCUGAAUCCCUUUAGCUGGUAACAGCUGUCACAGCCAUCCCUGGAUAACAUUGGCCACCAAGUACAGAUGCUGGAUCUUGGGUUCCAAGCAGACAGCAUCCAGGUCCAUCUGGAACUUUCAGUGAUAGCUGUCUUCAGCCAGCAUCUUUGGGGGACUCUAUAAUAGCAGCUUGAGAUCAGUGUCUAAAAGACUGUUCUGCAAUUUGCUGCCAAAUGCAUCUCAGGUUUUUAAAGUCAUUGUUUCUUGCUCAUGGCGGCUCAUUUAUUACAGAGCCCCCUCACCCCACUAAUGAAUAGUGGUAGGAAAAGGAGCUGGAGCUGCUUCCUUCAGCAUCAAAGCCUUUCCUCAGGAAUCUGCCUCCCUUUAUGGCAGGGGUGCAUCUGGGAGCUGAAAGAAAUCCGGCAAAGUCAACCACAUGCCUAGCUCCUGCUGACACCCAGGUCCUGUGGCAGCUCCUCAUUAGAUUAAAGGAGGCCACUUCCAAAGCAGGCACUGCAUGGCUCACCAUCAUAUGCCCCAAACAAUUGAAAGUUGACAACUACCACCAGGCUGUGAGUUUCUGGCCAGUAGCUUAGGGAAGCUGAAUAAACUCUAGGCCCAGGGCUACUGAAGACUUCAGGAUAGAAUUCUCCAUCAAAUAUGCAGCAUAAGUAAAACUGCUCUGUACUGUUUGAUCCAUUUCCAAGGGGCUUAGAACAGUUAACAAGGGUGUUUCCCCUGUCCUGCCCCACCAGUUUACUGGCUUUGUAAUAACAUGAGACCAUUUUGGUUGCUGGUGUCAGAUACCUUUUCAUCCUGAGCUCUCUCGCCUACCUGCUCUCUCUCCUAGAGCAGGAUACUGGGGUACUUUCAAGAAGGGUGCUCCUUUUAAGAUGCCCAGAAAGACUGUAUUGAACCCUCGCUAUUUGUAACUUGGGGAUGGUCUCCCCUCCCCCAGGGCACAUAAGAGCAAAAGGUCCAGUGGUCAGUGGAUGACUCUGUAAAAGUGACCCCUUGUGCCAGAAGCUAUAGCCCUCUCCCUGAUAGGAGUCUCUUUUUGGCCAGAGGGCCUGCUUCCCAUGGGCAUUGCAAGUGCCACCGUGCGGGGCCUGGCUCUGCACACCCAGGAAAAGUCUGCAGACCCCCAGCCCUCCGCAAUAAUUCACCAGACCAGAAGCCACUGAUGUACAGAGAACACUUAAAAAAAUGUAUUUUAUGUGAAAAAAAGUUAAAACUCUGUAUACUGUAUCAGCAGCUUUGUGUAAAAAUGGCAAUCAAGAGAGUCUAAUAUAUUUAAAAUUUUUUUAAAAAAAAAUCCUCGCGGAUCUUUGAUAUCGUACUGAAGUAACUUCCAGGUAGCCCCUUGCCACACGGCAAUGCUGGGCCUCGGGUCCGAAACCGUGGCUCAGCCACAUCCCAGAGGGGGCACAUGUCCCUGGAGUUGCUUCCAGCUACCAAGGCCUGUGACAGAAAUCGCUGUUAAGAGUUUUUAAUUAAAAUUAUUAAAUUCCUUUUAAUAACA